UAUGACAUUUUUGUCUGGCGUUCACAUUCACGAGUUCGUUCACGUUGUUUCCCAACCCCAACUUGAAUGUUGAGAUAAUGGUUUACGUGUAUUAUUUAGAUAAGCUAAUGUAAAAUUGUGACUAAAGUAGAUGAAUACGUGUCAAUUAAUACGAAUUAAUUGUGUAAAAUAAGAGUAGUGCUAUUCAUAAUGUGGUCAGUGUUGAUAUUGAUAAUAUUGUCAGUAGUAGCUUAUCUUAUCACUGAUGAACUGAUACCAAAACUGAAGGACUUGUUCAUAAAAGCCGGUCUAUUUGGCGUUGACUUGUGCAAGACUAGCACAAAUAAGGUACCUGAAGCAAUAGGCGUUGUAUCAGGAUGUGUAUUUCUAGUUACAAGUUUUCUAUUUAUACCAAUCGUAUUUGGAUAUGGUCUAAUAGAUAGACAACAUUUUCCGCAUAAUGAGUUUGCUGAAUUUCUGGCUGCUUUGCUCUCCAUUUGCUGUAUGUUGCUACUGGGCUUCGCUGAUGAUGUCCUGGACUUGAGAUGGAGGUAUAAGCUGCUCCUCCCCACAAUUGCAUCACUGCCCCUUCUGGUAGUUUACUAUGUCAACUUUAACUCCACUACCUUUGUCAUACCUAUACCACUGAGACAAUGGCUAGGGACAUCACUGAAUAUUGGGCUCCUCUAUUACAUCUAUAUGGGGAUGCUAGCAGUCUUCUGCACUAAUGCAAUAAACAUUCUGGCUGGCAUCAAUGGAUUAGAAGUGGGUCAAUCUGUUGUGAUUGCUCUCUCUAUAAUAUUGUUUGACAUAUCUGAACUUAGAGGAGACCAGUACAAAGCACACAUGUUUUCCCUGUACAUCAUGAUACCAUACCUUGCUACUACCCUGGCCCUGCUGAAACAUAAUUGGUACCCAUCAAAAGUAUUUGUUGGAGACACAUUUUGUUAUGUGUCAGGCAUGACAUUUGCAGUGGUAGGAAUACUUGGUCAUUUUAGUAAAACAGUCCUCUUGUUUUUUAUACCUCAAGUUAUAAACUUUUUAUAUUCUGUGCCACAGUUAUUUCACAUAAUUCCAUGCCCUAGACAUAGGCUGCCCAAGCACAGGGCCGAAACAGACUUGCUCAUGGCAAGUAGAACUAUUUUAGUAAAAAAGGAAAUAAGUUCCUUGCAGAAAUUUGUACUCCAGGUGUUAUCAUUGUUACAUUUAGUUGAUAGAACAGAAGAUGGUGAUAGUAUAACAAUUAACAAUAUGACUUUAAUCAAUUUGUUUUUAAUUAAGUUUGGGCCAAUGUCAGAAAUCAAGCUGACUAUGAUUCUUUUAAUUUUCCAAUUUCUGUGUACUGGAAUUGCAUUUUUGAUUCGGUAUCCUAUGGCAUCCUAUUUUUAUGAUUCAUAACAUGCAUUUCUUGCUAUUUGUUAUCAAUUUGGCUGUAAUGUAUGGUGUAAGUAAUCUCAUAAAAAAAAUGUAAGUGAGAUUGUGAUAAUGAUAAUAAUAGGUAUAAGACAAAAGUGAAAGAUAUAGGUAACUGCAUGUUCGAUUAUCUACUAUUAUGUAAAAGUCUUGUGCCUAGACUUCAUUAGUGGCCUUGCAAACUAAACUAGAUAUCACACCAUUACCAUUGUAAAUAAUCUACACAUGACAUUAUCCAAGCUGCUUCUGAAUCAAUAUUAUAAUUAUUGAAUAUUUCAAUAUUCUUUUAUAAUAAAUAAAUAAAUUAUUGUCCAUC